CCAGAACACCGUCACCGACACUGAGCAAACGACGGUCCUGCCCCGAUGCCUUCAGUGUCCAGUGUUCGCGCCAGACUGCCCGGGGCCUGAUCGUCCGCUCCAUGACCACUGACCGCAUCCCAGACUUCACCCUCCCGCCAGAGCGUGUUCAGCCCUGGUGCCCCCGUGACCGCAGUGGGCGUGUCUUCAACUUCAGCACUCACCAGAGGAACAGCAGUGUGGGCUCCAUCAAGCCGGAUCUCUAUCACCAGGUCUCCCAGGAUGAGGUCAGGUCACGUGUCCUGCGCUUCUCCGUCUAUGACGUGGACAAACGUCGCGUCCGGCACUCGCUAGGUCAUGUGAUGAUCCAGCUAAAGGCCAUCGAACUGACCAAAGGGGACGUCAUGUGGAGUGACCUGGAGCCCAUGGUCCAGG